AGAGAGCAUGAACCCAAGUUCUCAUCUGUUCGUCCAAUGCCUCCUCUUCUUCUCUUAGGACAAACAACAAACAGCUUCAUUCCUGUUAUUCAAUGGCGCUUACUCUCUCAUUCUUCCCUACCGCUACUUCUCUCGGUUUCUGUACUGAGCGUCGACAACUAUUCUUCCAUGACUCUUCAUUCCUCGACGGUGGCCUGAGCCUCAGGAGACACCAGCUAUCUCUUUCUUUCUCCUUUUCACAAUUCAACAAGAAAAGGUUCGUGAGUAAGCGCUUCUCCACUCUAAUUACUGCCGCUGCUGACUACUACUCCACCCUUGGGGUUCCUAAGUCUGCGAGCAUCAAAGAAAUCAAGGCUGCUUACCGAAGGUUGGCGCGCCAGUACCAUCCUGAUGUCAACAAGCAACCUGGAGCAACUGAGAAGUUUAAGGAGAUUAGUACUGCAUAUGAGGUUUUGUCAGAUGAUAAAAAGAGGACUAUGUAUGAUCAAUAUGGUGAAGCUGGAGUUAAGAGUUCUGCCGGGGGAUCGGCUGGAGCAUAUACGACUAAUCCUUUCGACCUAUUUGAGACUUUCUUUGGAGCAAGUAUGGGUAAUUUCCCUGGUAUGGACCAGACUGGAUUUAGAACACGUGGUCGCACUACUGUGAUUAAGGGUGAAGACAUACGUUAUGACAUGUCUUUGGAUUUUUCCGAGGCUAUCUUUGGCACUGAAAAAGAGUUCGAGCUUUCUCAUCUGGAAACAUGUGAAUUCUGUGCUGGGACUGGAGCAAAGGUGGGCUCCAAGAUGAGAAUAUGUUCAACAUGUGGUGGCAGGGGUCAAGUCAUGCGGACCGAACAAACUCCUUUUGGUUUAUUUUCCCAGGUCUCUGUCUGUCCAAAUUGUGGGGGGAAUGGUGAAGUAGUUUCUGAAUAUUGUCGGCAAUGUGCUGGUGAAGGACGUAUUCGUAUUAAGAAAGAUAUCAAACUUAAAGUCCCUCCUGGAGUCGGCAAAGGCAGCAUCCUUCGAGUUUCUGGGGAAGGUGAUGCAGGACCUAAAGGGGGGCCACCAGGAGAUCUUUAUGUAUACCUGGAGGUUGCGGAGAUCCUGGAGAUCCAAAGAGAUGGCAUAAACCUAUAUUCAACAAUUUCUAUUAGCUAUAUAGAUGCCAUCUUGGGAACUGUUGUUAAGGUGAAGACUGUUGAUGGGGUUACUGAAUUACAAACUCCCCCUGGUACUCAACCUGGCGAUGUGAUUGUGUUAGCAAAAAAAGGUGCCCCAAAGCUAAACAAACCAUCGAUACGUGGUGACCAUUUAUUCACUAUUAAAGUCACCAUACCCAAUCGUAUUAGUGCAAAGGAGCGUGAAUUGCUUGAAGAACUUUCCUUCCUAAAUGACACAACGAGUAGUCGUCAACGAACUCGCCCUAAAACCAAGCCACCAACUGAAAGCUCGGAAAGUCAGAUUGGUAUGGACUCAGAGAAAACUGAAGAACCUGGAGCUCCAAAUGACUUCUGGCAAAACCUAAGAAAUGUUGCCGGGUCUGUUGCAAACGGAGCUCUGAAAUGGCUGAAAGAUAACCUCUAAUCUUGAAGACUCUUUAUGUGAAGUUCAAAUUCUUUUUCUGCUCACUUGUGUAUCAUGGGGGCCAUAUUGUUUUUCUCAGAAGCGUCCUCAAGAUUGAAGCAGCCAUUUAAUUCUUGUGGUGCAUUUUCUCCUUGCUGAUAUUUCAUCAAAGAAAUCAAGCAGCAUUCAGAGUGGAAAUUCUUUUAUUAUAUUUGUCCCUUGUAAAUCUUCAAAAACUGUUAAUCCACAUUUGAUUGGAACAAAUGUAUCCAAUCCAUUAUAUGAGCUCACUAGGAUGUCCGGCUAUACAUAAUAGAGAAAUCAAAUCUGUAUUGGAUGUGUAUAAGUUCA